AUGAACGGAUUCACACACCAGUCGGAAAGAAUAGCACACACGGCGGAGAAACACCUCCCCGGCGGUUGGAUCGUGCAGAAAUUUGGUGGCACGGCUGUCGGUAAAUACGCGGAGAACAUAUGUCAGGUCGUCAAGACGAGCCUGAAGGAGAACCGCACGGCCAUUGUGUGCUCGGCGAGGAGCAACAAUACUAAACUCGAAGGGACUACCAAUCGACUUCUACGAUGUGCCCGCGCUGCAGAGAAGCCCGGGUCUCGUGGGUACGAUGACAUUAUCGAGGCGAUUCGGGCGGACCACGUCCAGGCUGCGGAGAACACGAUUGCGUCUCCGGAGAUACUCGCCGCGUAUACAGCGGGUGUGGACGCUGAGAUGGUCAAUCUGACCAAGAUACUCGAGUCGGCGCAGCACCUCGAGGAAGUGUCGUCGCGUGUGGAGGACAAGAUUGUUAGCAAGGGCGAGAAAUUGAGCUGCAUGUACAUGGCCGCGCUAUUGCAGGACCGUGGCGUGCCUGCUCAGUUUGUCGAUCUGUCGGACAUCAUUAAGGGGAAUGGGAGUCCGCUCAAGGGGUUGAAUGAGAGCUUCUAUAAGAACCUGGCGCAGUCUUUGGCUGAGGAGGUGCGCGCGUGCGGGGACAAGGUUCCCGUCAUUACUGGAUACUUUGGCAGUGUGCCUGGCGGUAUCUUGUCGAGCAUUGGGAGAGGGUAUACCGAUCUCUGUGCUGCGCUGGUGGCCGUGGGUAUCCAGGCCGAAGAGCUUCAAAUCUGGAAAGAGGUUGAUGGCAUCUUCACCGCUGAUCCGCGAAAAGUCCCCACCGCACGUCUCCUAUCCAGCGUUACUCCGUCCGAGGCAGCUGAGUUGACCUUCUACGGGUCAGAGGUCAUCCAUCCCUUUACUAUGGAGCAGGUCAUACGCGCCCGCAUACAAAUCCGCAUAAAGAACGUCAUCAAUCCUCGCAACAGCGGAACUGUAAUCUACCCCGACUCCCAAGAAGAGAUCGAUGACAAGGCGCCUCUCCGCGAUCCAAAGCUAUUCCGCACGAGGUCGGCGAGCCUCCUGACUCAAGUUCAGGGUCCCAAGCGCCCGACAGCCGUCACCAUCAAACACAACAUCGUUGUGCUUAACGUACACAGCAACAAGCGCACGCGCGCCCACGGUUUCCUUAUGAGCAUCUUCAGCAUUCUCGAUAAGUGGCAUCUUUCUGUUGAUUUGAUCUCCUCGUCCGAGGUUCACGUUUCCAUGGCAUUGCACUCCGAAUCGGCGUUGUUGAGCGGCGGCGGAGAGGACGAGUACCGCAUCGCGAAUGAGGAUCUGAAUGGCGCCGUCAUUGAGCUGGGGAAGCUGGGCACCAUCGACAUCGUCCCGGAUAUGGCGAUUGUGAGUUUGGUGGGCCGGCAGUUGAAGAAUAUGGUUGGUAUUUCUGGCAAGUUUUUCAGCGUUCUGGGAGAGAGCAAUAUCAACAUCGAGAUGAUUUCGCAAGGCGCAAGCGAGAUCAACAUCUCGUGUGUUAUUGAAGCACGUGAAGCGGAUCGCGCGCUUAACGUUGUUCAUACGAAUCUUUUCACGUUUCUGGAGUAG